UGAUUUAAUAGGUCGGUUUGAUUGUUUGCGUUGGUCAUUUCUCACUUGUCAAUCCGGUAAAAUUUUAAUUUUACUAAUAUCGUAAGUUACGAGAAAAAAGACACCGAAAUCGUUUUAACGAUUUUUAAUACCCGUGGAGUCGCGUAAACAUGGCGGGGCUAAAUGUUGCCCCGAAACGAAAAGAAAUUUACAAGUACGAAGCACCAUGGACUCUUUACAGUAUGAAUUGGUCGGUGCGCCCGGAUAAGAGAUUCAGAUUGGCCAUUGGAAGUUUUGUAGAAGAAUACAACAACAAGGUUCAGGUUAUCUCUCUAGAUGAAGACUCUGCAGAAUUCAGUGCCAAAAGUACUUUUGAUCAUCCAUAUCCCACUACAAAAAUAAUGUGGAUUCCUGACGCUAAAGGAGUUUUUCCUGAUUUACUUGCUACUAGUGGAGACUAUCUACGCAUAUGGAAAGCAGGAGAACCAGAUACAAGACUAGAAUGCCUCCUUAAUAAUAACAAAAAUUCUGACUUUUGUGCACCUCUCACAAGUUUUGAUUGGAAUGAAGUUGAACCUAAUCUUAUUGGAACUUCUAGCAUAGACACAACAUGUACAAUAUGGGGCCUAGAAACUGGGCAGGUAGUUGGCAGAGUUGGGGGCACGGGGAAUUGUGUGUCGGGACAUGUCAAAACUCAGUUAAUUGCUCAUGACAAAGAAGUGUACGAUAUUGCAUUCAGCAGGGCGGGAGGGGGCAGAGAUAUGUUUGCAUCUGUCGGUGCUGAUGGCUCGGUAAGGAUGUUUGAUCUUAGACACCUAGAGCAUUCCACAAUUAUAUACGAGGAUCCGCAGCAUCGCCCUCUAUUACGACUGGCAUGGAAUAGGCAGGAUCCUUCUUAUUUAGCAACCAUCUCAAUGGACGCUUGCGAAGUAGUAAUACUUGAUGUAAGAGUACCAUGUACUCCAGUCGCCCGCUUGAGCAAUCACAGAGCUUGCGUCAAUGGCAUUGCAUGGGCUCCGCAUUCUUCCUGCCACAUUUGCACCGCUGGUGAUGACCAUCAAGCCUUGAUAUGGGAUAUCCAGCAAAUGCCAAGAGCAAUUGAAGAUCCUAUUCUUGCUUACACAGCAGCUGAGGGUGAAAUCAACCAAAUUCAGUGGGGAGCUACUCAACCCGAUUGGAUUGCCAUCUGCUACAAUCGAUCCCUUGAAAUUCUGCGAGUUUAACUCUUUACCACGUGUAAACCCAAACUCGGUAUGACGAAGGUUGUAUGACUUACUAUCAGAUUUCCUUUCUACUAAAUCGUUUUUAAAUCGUUCGUAUCUUAUUGUGGUUCGAGUCGUUAAAUAUUAUUAUGCGGAUGUGAAAUCAUAGAGAAGUUUUUUCUGGUAUUGAUUAAUGAUUACGAAUUUUCUGUAAUGUUGCAAAAAUUAAAAUAAGUGACUUUGAUUUGAA